UAGCUCCGUGAAAGGCUUUCUAGAGACGCAGGACUCAGAAGUUGGAUCGCAGGCCUCGUUUGUUCGCCUGCUAUUCGCAUGCCGUAGUUCUCAUCGACGCAUCUAAGUAAAGGCGGGUGACGUCUGCUGUAUAGGGUGAUUUUUCACUGUGAGGAGAUGCAUCGGUUGCUAACAUUGUCAGGGCAAGCUAACAGGCUAGCACCCUUCCAUGAGCGGCAGACAUGUCUGUCUUCAUAGACAGUGAGGCAGAGGAGUCUGAGGAGGAGUUGGAGGAGAAGGAUCUGAAACCCAAGAAGACUCAAAUGUUUAUGGAGGACGAUGACGAAGAGGACGACGACAACACAGAGGACCAGGAUGAGCAAGGAAAUUUACGGGGCCUCAUUGAUGAUGGGGAUGAGGAUGAAGAUGAGGAUGUAGCUCCAAAGAGUGCGAGUGACGGGGAGGGAGGUCCUGGCAGUGACUCUGAAGAUGAAGUUCGGCAUCGCCGUAAAAAACGGGUUUAUGAUGAUCUGGACGAUGAAGAUCUUGACCUCAUUGAAGAAAACCUGGGUGUGAAAGUUAAAAGGAGGAAGAAGAAGUAUGACCGAGUUAAGACGUUGGAUGACGAUGAAGACGACGAUGAUGAUGGGAAAGACCUGAUCGCUGAUGAAAUCUUCCAUGGUGAUGGAGAGGGUGAGCUGGAGGAGGGCGAGGCUGUCGAGGAGCCUCUGCAACACCAAGAUGACAUGGAAGAAGAGGAGGAUGAGGAGUCGGGUACGUCAGAGCUGGAGCCACACAAAGUCACAGAAGUUGUUCUUGAUGGUGUUUAUUCUUGCUGUGACUUUACAGAUAUCGAUGACUUCAUUGUUGAUGAUGACGGCCAGCCCAUCACCAAAAAGGGAGGGAAGAAGUUUCACGGAUACACUGACGCAGCCCUGCAGGAGGCGCAGGAGAUUUUUGGCGGCGACUUUGACUUUGCAGACUUUGAUGCCGAUGCUUACGAUGCUGGUGAGGAGGAGGAAGAGGACCAGGAUGAAGAAGGAUGGGACAGACCGAAGAAACAGAUUAAGCGGCGGGUCGGGAGAAAGAGCAUCUUUGAGAUCUAUGAGCCCAGUGAGCUGGAAAGUAGUCACAUGACUGACCAGGACAACGAGAUCCGCUCCACUGACAUGCCGGAGAGAUUCCAGUUACGCGCCAUCCCUGUGAAACCUGCCGAGGAUGAUGAGCUGGAGGAGGAAGCAGAGUGGAUCUUCAGACAUGGCUUCUCCACGCUCACCAUCUCCAUGCAGGAGAGCACCGACUACCUGGACAGAGGGACAACCACCAACUUCAGCCGGAAGGGUCCCAGCACCAUCGCAAAGAUCAAGGAGGCUCUGAACUUCAUGAGAAACCAGCAGUUUGAGGUUCCAUUCAUAGCUUUCUACAGAAAGGAGUAUGUGGAGCCCGAGCUGAACAUCAAUGACCUGUGGAAGGUUUGGCAGUGGGAUGAGAAGUGGACUCAACUGAAGACCAGGAAGCAGAAUUUAACUCGCUUGUUUCAGAAGAUGCAAUCGUUCCAGUUUGAGCAGAUUUCAGCAGACCCGGACAAACCUUUGGCCGAUGGGAUCCGACCUCUUGACACCGCAGACAUGGAGAGACUCAAAGAUGUUCAGACCCUGGAGGAGCUGGGUGACGUGUACAACCACUUCCUGCUGUACUAUGGUCGAGACAUCCCCAAGAUGCAGAACGCUGCCAAAGCCAACAAGAAGAAACUCAAAAAAAUCAAAGAAGUCAACGAAGACGGUGAAGAGGAGGAGGUGGAAGUGGAGGAAGAGGAGGAACAGAGAGGACCUGAUCUCAAGUUGGCUUCUCGCCGUGACAUGUACAGCAUCUGUCAGAGUGUUGGACUUGAUGGCCUGGCAAAGAAGUUUGGUUUGACCCCAGAACAGUUCGGAGAAAAUCUGAGGGACAGUUACCAACGUCACGAGACGGAGCAGUUUCCUGCUGAGCCGUUGGAUCUGGCCAAAGACUAUGUUUGCAGUCAGUUCUCGACUCCGGAGGCGGUGCUGGAAGGGACCAGGUACAUGGUGGCCAUGCAGAUCGCUCGAGAGCCGCUGGUCAGACAUGUUCUGCGGCAAACCUUCCAGGAAAGAGCAAAGAUAAACAUCAAGCCAACCAAGAAGGGGAAGAAGGAGAUAGAUGAGAGCAGCUUCGCCAACUCCUUCAAGUAUCUCAAGAACAAGGCAGUGAAAGAGCUGAAUGGUGAUCAGUUUCUGAAGAUGUGCCUGGCUGAGGACGAGGGACUGCUGACCAUCGACAUCUCCAUCGACCUUGUGGGACCUAAAGUGUUUGCUGGUGACCAGACCUACUUUGAUGAGAUCAAACAGUUCUACUACCGAGAUGAGUUCAGUCAUCAGGUGCAGGAGUGGAACAGGCAGAGAACGUCGGCCAUCGAGAGAGCUCUGUCCCAGUUCCUGUACCCUCAGAUGGCCAAGGAGCUCAAGAGCAAGCUGAUAGCUGAAGCCAAAGAGAGCAUCGUCAGGUCAUGCUGUCGGCGCCUGUACAACUGGCUGAAGGUGUCGCCGUAUAGACCAGAUCAGCAGGUGGAGGAGGAUGAUGAUCUGAUGGAUGAGGGUCAGGGGAAAGGAAUCCGGGUGCUUGGUGUUGCCUAUGCACCCAGCAGGGACACGCCUGUGUUCUGCGCUCUGAUCAACGGAGAAGGAGAGGUGGUGGACUUCCUGCGCUUGCCCUACUUCAUGAAGCGGAGAAAUGCCUUCAGAGAAGAUGAGAGAGAGAAGAAGGCCAAGGACGUUGAAAACCUCAAGAGGUUUCUGUCCAGUAAGAAACCUCACGUGGUGGCGGUCGCUGGGGAGAACAGAGAUGCUCAAAUGAUCAUCGAAGACAUUAAGAGGGCGAUCAGCGAGCUGGAGCAAGAGUCUUCACUGCCUGCUGUCGGAGUCGAGCUGGUGGACAAUGAACUGGCAACACUCUACAUGAACAGCAAGAAGUCCGAGACCGACUUCCGGGACUAUCCACCGCUGUUGCGGCAGGCGGUGUCCAUAGCUCGCAAGAUCCAGGAUCCUCUGAUGGAGUACGCUCAAGUCUGCAGCACCGAUGAAGACAUCCUCUGCCUGAAGCUGCACCCCCAACAGGAGCACGUGGUGAAGGAGGAGCUCCUCAACGCCCUCUACUGCGAGUUCAUCAACCGCGUCAACGAGGUUGGAGUCGACGUGAACCGAGCCAUAGCCCACCCUCACACGCAGAGCCUGGUCCAGUACGUUUGUGGGCUGGGCCCGAGGAAGGGCUCCCAUCUGCUGAAGAUUCUGAAACAGAACAACACUCGUCUGGAGAACCGGACCCAGCUGGUCACCAUGUGCCACAUGGGACCUAAAGUGUUCAUCAACUGCGCCGGCUUCAUCAAGAUAGACACCGCCUCCCUGGGAGACAGUACGGAUUCCUACAUCGAGGUCCUGGACGGCUCUCGCGUGCACCCCGAGACGUACGAGUGGGCUCGAAAGAUGGCUGUGGACGCCCUGGAGUACGAUGAGUCGGCAGAAGACGCCAACCCUGCGGGAGCUCUGGAGGAGAUCCUGGAAAAUCCCGAGCGUCUCAAGGAUCUGGAUCUGGAUGCGUUUGCUGAAGAGCUGGAGCGACAGGGUUACGGCAACAAGGGCAUUACUCUGUAUGACAUCCGUGCAGAGCUGAGCUGCAGGUACAAGGACCUGAGAGUUCCCUACAGGGUUCCCAACACAGAGGAGGUGUUCAACCUGCUCACCAAGGAGACCCCAGAGACCUUCUAUAUCGGAAAGCUGAUCACCUGUGUGGUGACUGGCAUUGCUCAUCGGCGCCCUCAAGGAGAGAGCUACGAUCAAGCCAUCCGGAAUGACAGCACUGGCCUGUGGCAGUGUCCCUUCUGCCAGCAGGACAACUUCCCUGAGCUCAGCGAGGUGUGGAACCACUUUGACAGCGGCUCCUGUCCUGGUCAGGCCAUCGGGGUGCGGACCAGACUGGACAACGGCGUCCAGGGUUUCAUUCCCACCAAGUUUCUCAGUGACAAGCUGGUCAAACACCCCGAGGAGCGAGUGAAGGUCGGGAUGACGGUCCACUGCCGCAUCAUGAAGAUCGACAUCGAGAAGUUCAGCGUGGACCUCACGUGCCGAACCUCCGACCUGAUGGAUAAGGAGAACGAGUGGAAGCUUCCGAAGGACACCUACUAUGACUUUGACGCAGAGUCUGACGACCACAAGCUGGAGGAGGAGCUGAAGAAGAAACAGCAGAGAACACCUUAUAUAAAGCGUGUCAUUGCCCACCCCAACUUCCACAACAUCAGCUUCAACCAGGCUGAGAAGAUGAUGGAGACUCUGGACCAGGGGGACCUGAUCAUCCGCCCCAGCAGCAAAGGAGAGAAUCAUCUGACCGUCACCUGGAAGGUGGCUGACAACAUUUACCAGCACGUGGACGUACGAGAAGAAGGCAAGGAGAACGCCUUCAGCCUGGGUCACACCCUCUGGAUCAACAAUGAAGAGUUUGAAGACCUGGAUGAGAUCACCGCUCGCUACAUUCAGCCGAUGGCCUCUUUCGCUCGUGACCUUCUGAGCCACAAAUACUUCCAGGACUGUAACGGAGGAAGCAAAGAGAAAAUGGAGGAGUUGUUGAUCAGGACGAAGAGAGAGAAGCCCACCUUCAUUCCCUACUUCAUCUCCGCCUGCAAAGAUCUGCCAGGAAAGUUCAUUCUUGGGUACCAGCCGCGUGGAAAACCCAGAAUCGAGUACGUGACCAUCACCCCAGACGGCUUCCGCUACCGCUCCCAGAUCUUCCCGUCAGUCAACGGCUUGUUCCGCUGGUUCAAGGACCAUUACCAGGAGCCGGUCCCAGGCAUCACGCCCAGCAACAGUAGCCGGACCAGGACGCCGGCGUCUCUGAACGCCACGCCCGCCAACAUCAACAUCGCAGACCUGACGCGAGCCGUCAACGCGCUGCCCAGAAACAUGACGUCCCAGAUGUUCAACGCCAUCGCCGCGGUGACGGGUCAGGGCCAGAACCCCAACACCACGCCGGCUCAGUGGAGCUCCAGUCAGUACGGUGGUUAUAGCGGCAGCACUGGAGGAGGAGGAGGAGGAGGAGGAGGAGGAGGAAGCUCCUCCGCCUAUCACGUGUUCGCCACGCCCCAGCAGCCCAUGGCCACGCCCAUGAUGACGCCCAGCUACUCCUACACCACGCCCAGCCAGCAGGCCCUGGGCACGCCCCUCUACCCCGGCUCCACCCCCCAGUCCUCGCACGCCCACGGGGGCCACCUGUCGCACCACGGCCACCACGGCCACAGCAGCCACCACGGCCACUCCUCCGGCACGCCGUCGUCCUCCAUCUCGUCCAGCCGCCGGACGCCGCAGCAGCAGCAGCAGCAGCAGCAACCAAAGCCCAGCAGCAGCAGCAGCAGCAGCACCGGCAACUCCUCUGCCGUGGACUGGGGUAAGAUGGCGGAGCAGUGGCUGAAGGAGAAGGAGGCGGAGGGUCGGAAGAAGAGCCAGAGGAUGACGCCGCGCCCCUCGCCCAGCCCCAUGAUCGAGAGCACCCCCAUGUCCAUCGCCGGCGACGCCACGCCCCUCUUGGACGAGAUGGAUCGAUAGGAUAGAGACGGGGGCCUCCCCUCCCUCCCUCCUUCACCCCUGCUCCCCACGUCUUCUCUUCUGCUGCGAAAGUAUUGUGACGAGUCGGGAAUAGACACUUGAAGCGUCUGACAGAGAGGAGAUGGACCUACAGACACCGUCAGACCACUGUCUUUAUCUGGACAGGUUUUUAGUUAGUGCCGUGAUGAUGACCCCCGGCGACCCCACCGGCCGCCCAGCGUUACAGGGAGGCAGCGGCCUUGUCGCCAUGACAACGACUCGCCCAUCUGCCAAUUCAGUUUUUGUAUAAAAUCCAGCAGGAUGAAUAAAGAUGUUUUUCUGUUUCCACUUGGAGCCUGCGCAUCAGUGGCGCCCGCUCCCGUCAGGUGACCCAGGCCUGUAUUACGUCCCCAUCAGGACCCGGUGUGGAUCACCCCUCACACAGCAGGCUGUUUUAUUAGUGGUCUGCUGAGACCGAGCCAAUGGAAGCGUCGACUUGUGGCGGAUCUUCUGUUCUGCUGUGGCGGCGCCUCACUCAUUAUGACGCGUCACAUGGUCGCAACAUUGAAACGGAUGCAUUUCUCAUGAUCUUGUGAUGCGGCUGUGAACUGGAGCAGGUCAGUGAAGGCACCACGGGUGUGACGUGGGCGUGCCAGCGCAGCCGCGGCUGGAUGAGUCCGUCUGCAUGGCUUGUUCCGUGUCUCCUCUGUCCCGUGGUUUUGGGGUGCGUCGACCUCCUCGCUGCUGAUGACCUUUUCUAAUAAAAGUGUUGGGAUCAAGCUGGAUGUUUCUGUCCAAGAGUCACCUGAUUGAAAUCAUCCACGUCCUGGAAAACCUAAUCGUUUCUCUGCGCUGAACAAUGGCUCCAUUCUGAGUCUCCAGGGUGCGGCGUGCGAGGACGGCGGGGUCAUGGGAGACGGCGCAUGCUUCACAUUAGACGCGCCGAGACA